AAAGUUCAAGAACAAAAACGAUCAGAGCGACUCUAUACUUGUGAGGUUGCGACUCAAAACAAUCGAAAUAAACCUUUUUAUUGUAAACUGAACCCUAUAUACAUAAACUAGCGUAUUGUGAUUGUGAUUAUAAAUUGUUAUUUUACAAAUAAUAAUUGUAUUUAUCAACUAUUUUUUUGUUGAACUGUCAAAAUAUAAACAAGCUUAAUUGAAGACUAGGUUUUUUAUUAUAUUAUCCAGCUGAUGAUGUUCUAAGAAUAAUUAAACAGAAUAAAAUGUUGGGAAUAAUUGUGUCCGGUCGUCUGGUGCAAACAGACUUUCAGCAAAUAAGUGAAAAUCAAUUUUUAAUAAAUGUACCCGAUGCUGACAAUGUCAAUCACAUUGUUAUAUUUCUCACGGGUACAGUGCCUCUUCCUGAGGGAAUGGGUGGUGCAGUGUACUUCAGCUGGCCAGACACGAACGCUCCUCCAAACUGGCAGUUUCUAGGUUACAUCUCCAACAACAAACCAUCGGCGAUCUUCCGGAUAUCGGACCUAAAGAAGAACCACGAGUUCGAGAACGCGAACCUGGGGAUCUUCGGUGCUAAAAUAUCUCACUCAGCGCAAAUAGGAAUCUCUGUGGAGCCGCUUUCAGCCAUUGAACCUUUAUCGGCGUUAGUCGCGAGCACGACUACUGAGUCACACGUUAAAUUCGCCCAGAAGAUGAUCAUCAACUUUAUGAAUUACGUGUCUAGUUUCUCAGUAACUCAGUCGCAGAUGACUCCCAAUCCUACGGAGAAUUUCGUACCGCUGUCGUCAGUCCAAGGCUGGUAUGAGACUUUCGAGCGACGGCUGCAACAAAAUCCAAACUUUUGGAAACAAUUGUGAUGGUUAAAUGGUUAAACACUAUGAUUAAUUCUCACCAUUCGUCUCAUUUAAUGUCUUUUAUAUUCUUAUACUUUUAUUAAAAUCAAUCUUUAUUGAUAAGUACGCUAACUAUUAAUAUUUAUCAUUUCUUUUUUUAUGUCCAGUUAAAUAACAAAUCAGUUCAGAUCUAAUAAAAAAAAUUCAUU